AUGAGUGGUGGCUGGUCUACCAUUGAAUCCGAUGCAGGAGUAUUUACAUUUCUUCUCGAUAAUCUCGGUGUCAAAGAUGUACAAUUCGAAGAAUUGAUCGCUCUAGACUCCGAUUUUCUACGCCAACUCUCCCCCGUUUACGGCGUCAUAUUCCUCUUCAAAUAUCCCGUCGGAGAAGCCCCCAACAAAGAUGGCACACCCAAAGAUGGUUCUUACGAUUAUUCCGCCGCGGAAAACCUCUUCUUCGCUGCACAAACCAUACAAAAUGCCUGCGGCACCCAAGCUUUACUCUCGGUGCUUCUGAAUAAAGAUGAAGAAAUAGAUGUCGGGGCCCCUUUGCGCGAAUUCAAAGAAUUCACCAGCGGAUUUCCGGCAGAGUUUAGAGGAGAGGCGCUCAGCAAUAGCGAGUUGAUUAGGGAUGUGCACAACAGUUUUGCGAAAUCGAGUCCGUUUGUCGAUGAGACGCAACGAUCGUCGAAGGAUGAUGAUGGAGAUGUGUAUCAUUUCAUCGCAUAUACGUCUAUUAACGGCACGCUGUACGAACUAGAUGGUCUGCAACCUGCACCCAUAUCUCAUGGUGCUUCCACGUUCGAGGAGUUUCCGGAGAAGGUUAUACCGGUAUUGCAGAAAAGAAUAGCACGAUAUCCGGCAACCGAGAUACGGUUUAAUUUACUAGCGAUGGUGAGGGAUUUGAGAGUUAGGGCGAGGGAAAUGGGAGAUGUGGAGUUGUUGACGAGGGAGGAACAGAAGAGGAAUGAGUGGCAAUUUGAAAAUGCUUUACGGAGACACAAUUUCGUGGGUUUCGCGGGAGAGGUGCUGAAGGGUGUGAUAGGGGAUAAGUUGAAAGAAGGACCCAAGGCGUAUGAUGAGUGGGUGGAAGAAGCGAAAAAUAGGACGAAGACGAGGGCGGAGGAACAGAAGAAGGGUGGCGAGGAUUUUGAGAUGUCGGGUUGA